CCCUUCUCUCACACUCUCUCGCCCUCUGUAAGAUAAAUCAUAUCUCGCUUUCACAGGCGUGAGGUAAUAUCCUUUGUGGCAUCUAAGCUGAGCAAGAUAAAACUUCAGAUCUCUUCAGAUAUCCACAAAACGCAGUUUUUCAUCUGUAAUCAUGGAAAGGAAAGACCUUCCUCCGCCAUACCCUGGCCCUGUUCUGAGUUACAGUGAAUUCCACGCAGUGGAACAGACACAGAUGGCUGCGUUUCCUCCACAGCCAGUAUUACAGGCUGCUCCGAUGUUCAUCGAUCCUGUGGUUCAGCAGCCAGUAAGCAUAGUCCAGCAGGCACCUCCAACUACAAUAAUCCAGCCUGCACCUCAACCAACUGUAACAGUAAUCCAGCAGGCACCUCCACCUGCAAUAAUCCAGCCUGCAGUUCAACCAGCUGUGGCUGUAGUAAGUCCUGUGGUGAUUCAGCCUCGCCUGAGAGAAAUACCUGGACAGCUGAAAUGCACUUACUGCCAACGUGACAUUGUCACAGUGACCCGAUUCAUCAACGGAGCACUCGUCUGGACCAUUUUUGGAGGCCUUUGUAUUACUGGCAUUUGGCCGUUCUGUCUGAUUCCCUUCUGUGUGAAUGCCUGUAAAGACGUGGAACACAGCUGCCCCCACUGCCACAACAUCAUCUCCAUUUACCGACGCAUGUGAAACUUUCCAGCUGUAAUAUGGGCUUCAGUCGGGUUUCAGGGAUGGCCGCUGUUUGUCUCUGAGAGAUAGAUCUAUACAAAUUAGCUUUCACUGCUUC